CCGGCGCGGAGACCACCGUGGACCUCCGGGGGCGGGAGGCCGCUCUGGCCCCAAGCGGAGCCUCUCGUUUGUAGACGGGCCCGAGGGAGCCUCUCUGGGCGCAGCGCCGCUGAGCUGCUCGAUGCUCCAGCCGGAAGUGCUCUUCACCGCCUGCCUCCCACCCGCCUCUCUGGUCCCGGCGGUAAGAUGGCGGCUGCCGCGGAGUGCGAUGUGGUAAUGGCGGCGACCGAGCCAGAGCUGCACGACGACGGGGAAGCGAAGAGGGAAGCAGAGUCUUUCAAGGAACAAGGAAACGCAUACUAUGCCAAGAAAGAUUACAAUGAAGCUUAUAACUAUUAUACAAAAGCCAUAGAUAUGUGUCCUAAGAAUGCUAGCUAUUAUGGGAAUCGAGCAGCCACUUUGAUGAUGCUCGGAAAGUUCCGGGAAGCUCUUGGAGACGCACAGCAGUCAGUGAGGCUGGAUGACAGUUUCGUCCGGGGCCAUCUACGAGAGGGUAAAUGCCACCUAUCUCUAGGGAAUGCCAUGGCGGCGUGUCGUAGUUUCCAGAGGGCCCUAGAACUGGAUCACAGAAAUGCUCAGGCACAGCAGGAGUUCAAGAAUGCUAAUGCAGUCAUAGAAUAUGAGAAAAUAGCAGAAACGGAUUUUGAGAAGCGCGAUUUUCGAAAGGUGGUUUUCUGCAUGGACCGUGCCCUAGAAUUUGCCCCUGCGUGCCAUCGCUUCAAAAUCCUCAAAGCAGAGUGUUUAGCAAUGCUAGGUCGUUAUCCGGAAGCACAGUCUGUGGCCAGCGACAUUUUACGAAUGGAUUCUACCAAUGCGGAUGCUCUGUAUGUACGAGGUCUUUGCCUUUAUUACGAAGAUUGUAUUGAGAAGGCGGUGCAGUUUUUUGUACAGGCUCUCAGGAUGGCUCCUGACCAUGAGAAGGCCUGCAUUGCUUGCAGAAAUGCCAAAGCACUUAAAGCAAAGAAAGAAGAUGGGAAUAAAGCAUUUAAAGAAGGAAAUUACAAGCUAGCCUAUGAACUGUACACAGAAGCCCUGGGGAUAGAUCCCAACAAUAUAAAAACCAAUGCUAAACUCUACUGUAAUCGGGGCACGGUUAAUUCCAAGCUUAGGAAACUAGAUGAUGCAAUAGAAGACUGCACGAGUGCAGUGAAGCUCGAUGCCACUUAUAUAAAAGCCUACUUGAGAAGAGCUCAGUGUUACAUGGACACAGAACAGUAUGAAGAAGCAGUGCGGGACUAUGAGAAAGUGUAUCAGACGGAGAAAACAAAAGAACACAAACAGCUCCUAAAAAAUGCACAGGUGGAACUGAAGAAGAGUAAGAGGAAAGAUUACUACAAAAUUCUGGGAGUGGACAAGAAUGCCUCCGAGGACGAGAUCAAGAAAGCUUACCGGAAACGGGCCUUGAUGCACCAUCCAGACCGGCACAGUGGAGCCAGUGCCGAAGUGCAGAAGGAGGAGGAGAAAAAGUUCAAGGAAGUUGGAGAAGCUUUUACCAUCCUCUCUGAUCCCAAGAAAAAGACUCGCUACGACAGUGGACAGGACCUGGAUGAGGAGGGCAUGAAUAUGGGCGAUUUUGACGCAAACAACAUCUUCAAGGCAUUCUUUGGCGGUCCUGGGGGCUUCAGCUUUGAAGCAUCUGGUCCGGGGAAUUUCUUUUUUCAGUUUGGCUAAUGAAAGGAAACCGUCCAGAGCCCAGAAAGCGCAGACUUGCUCAGUGUAGCCUUGGACGUGGGCACGGUUCACCUCCUCCCUUCAUCGCGUCUCCCCGUCCUUAGAGCAGUUUCGUUCUCUUAGUUGGAUACCCUGUGUCUGUGUGAGUGGGGGGGAAUGAAAGGGAGCCAGCGCCGAAGACUGCGGGGAGGGGAGGGGAGGGAGGUGGGGGGUGGACAGGGAGGCAGCUUGUGAAUUUUUGUUUUACUGUUUAACUUUAUUAAAAAAGAAAAAAAUUAAGAGAAUAAAAUGUUUUGACCUUUCCGGCACCUCGCUCUGGCAGCUGCUUUGUGCCACUGCAGUCGGUAGGCCGGAGCGGAGCCCCCCGUGUGGAGCAGGCGCGGAUGUGGUCAUAGGCUCAGCGCCUGCCCGGACGGCUCUGGGCACCCGGGGCCUGGUGGCAGGGCGAUGCUGCCCACCGCUCCUGAUCCUGUUUGGCCUGAGUGCUGCACGGGCCUGAGCAUGCUGUGGGGCCCCGCCCGGCGUCAGUCCAGGUGAUUUGAUGGUAAGGGCCACCAGAACUCACUAGAAGCUGUGUGUGUCCAGAGCGCACGCAGAGUGUGGCUGGGACAGAGGAGGUUUACACAGGCCCUCACAGCCCUGCGGCCGCUGCAGGCUAAGGGACAUGGGGACAGGGACAGAAUCCUGCCUCCUUGACCCCAGGCCCUUUCCAGGUAGGACACGCAGUUUCUGGGCCCCAGGGUCCGGGGCACAGAUCUUAAGCUCACCUGGUUGGAAGCACCAUUCUUAGUAAAUACGGCUCACCUUCUGCACUGCUGUCCCUGUGUGUGGGAGACAAGCUGGGGGAGGACGCGGUGGCCAGUGUCCUGCUGUUCAAGUCAAGCAUAGUGUUUGUGGCAGGUAAUUGUUUUAGGGGUUACAGGCAGAGGGAUUUGAGACUUUGGCACUUAGAUUUUUGGCGCUUUUGGUGGUAGAGCUGGCUGGGAAAGGACCAUCGACCAAACAGGGAACCCUGCUUCUCUUUCUUCUGAGCCCUAGCCCCUUUCCAGUCUUCCCCCGCUGGCACCAAGGCCAUGGCGAUAGGAUGACUGUGUUAGGCCUGAGAAGCUCCCCUGUUGGCCCGAACGGAACUCCUGCAAGUCAGGUCUUCCCUUGUGUGUGCAGUACGCUGACCUGAGAACGGGCAGAAGCCCAGACCAGGAACCGUGGGUCUGAUUGCUUGGGGCUGGCACACCUGUGGGCCUGUUGCCGCAGUUAAUGGAGGAUGACAGGCUCUGCUCCACGUCCCUCAGACCCAGCCACCCCCCACUUUCUGUGUGCGUCUAAGAUCAGCCGCCCUCCUUUCUGCCGCCUCAUGAAAGCCAACACUGUUUGGCUGCCCAACCUCACCACAGCUGUGCCCAGCCAGCAGAGGGGAGACAGGACCGAUGGCCCCAAGCUGCGGGACAAAGCCAGUCCUGAUACACCAGCCCUGGCUCCAGGGAAGACUGAGCUGGGCACAGAAGGGUGAGAGACACUGCACACGGCUAGGAUUAACACGGUUUAUUUCACGGUCAGUCUUACAAGUCACUGAGGUCGGGCAAAGCCAGGAUAGUAACUUAAAUCUCAAGCACUUUCAUCCAGUGACAACCCGAUUAGCAAGGCCCUGUUACUGGGGGGGGCAGCGGAGGGCACCCCAGGAACCACAGCACAUGUACCAAUGUUAAAAACCCCUUCUCAGAGGCACCAGCUAGGGCUUGGCCCUCACCAGCCAGGGGUCCACUCCAUUGGCUCCUGGUCCCCACCGACUGACCCCCUGUCGAGGCGGCGCAGGGGCCUCCUGGGGCACCAAGGAGGCAAGCUGGACUGGGCAGACAGUACUUUCUCUGGCUUCAAUCUCCCCAUCCCCAUAGCAGAGCCACCCUGCCGGAAAGGAUGGCAGCCCAUCCCCUCUCUGGGGCGAGACCUGCAGCCGGCUGGGAUGUGGCUGUCCCUAGUCACAGUGUAAAGGAGGAGGGGACAGGCACUUAGGGCCAAAGGUGGGACGUAAAGACCCUUGUAAGCCCUGGUAAAAAGCCCCAGCCUACAUCAUGGGGCUGCAGUGAUUAAGAUGCGGGGUCAAAGCCCAGGGAUUCCCCCACCCUCUCAAAUCAAUGGCCAGUUUCCCACGGCCACCGUGACCACACUGUGGGGACAUGCAGCUCUGGGGUGUCUCCCCGCUGGCCGGCUCAGGGCGGGGACAGGGGACCUGGGACAGGUGGCAGGGCUUGGGGCUGUGGCUGCGGCUCCAGGCCCAGCUUGGCUUAGCCUCGUCAGCUUUGCUCUGGGUUCCUGACUGGCGCUCCCCACACCCCUCUUGUGUUGAAAGCUUGGGUGUUAGAGGGGACGAGGGAGGGCAGGAAAAGUUACUUUACAAAUUUUUAAAAAGUUACAGAAAGGUUAACUUUAAAAAAAAAAAA